UAGAUAAAAUGGACAGUACUGACGAGAGUAUGGAGCAAGGUGAUCAAAGUAAUCAGAAACCGGAAGAUUUUCAGUUAAGGGAUAUAAUGCAGGGCAUUGCAAGUAUUCAGACUACUUUGGCGAAUUUUAUGUUACGGCUCGAUGGACAAGGUCGACACUUAGAUGAAAUUACGAAAGAAAUCAGAGCAAAAAAUGGCAUUCAAGAAAGACUUGAAACUGUUCAAGAACAGGCUAAUGACACAAUAUACCUUGUGACAGAACUACAGGAUAACCAGAAAAAAAUGGAACGUGAAAUGAACAGACUCAAAAAUUAUGUAAUUCGUCUUGAAUACCGUGUAAAUUCACAAAGUAACCAAAUAGUUGAUCUCAAGGCAAGGUCAAUGGAGAAUAACAUCAUUGUUAGUGGUCUGCAGGAAAAAGGCCCCGAGAGGAAGUCACCAGAGAACCUUGCGCAAAUUCUAAGAAAUGUAUUCAUAUCAGAGAUGAACAUGGGGGAGACAGCAGUUGAUGAAUUACAAAUACAGAAACUCUUCCGAAUGGGAGAAUACGAUGCUCAACGAAAAUUUCCAAGACCAGUUUGUGUGCAAUUUGCCGAUAAAGCCCAAAAAGACCUUGUUAUGAAACACAUAAAAGUUCUAAAAGAAAAGAAUUCGGACAUAAGAAUUGCCCAACAACAACCAGAGGAGAUACGGGAACGACGAAAACAGCUGUAUGAAGUUCAAAGAAAAUAUGCAGAACGAAAUAUCGAGACGAAAAUGAAGGGGGACAAGCUUAUCUUUACCCAGAGUAAUUCAAUCUACAGAGAGAAAGUAGGAUCUCUUCCAACGGCAGAUGAGGUGAUUUCCAGCGACGCAGUCAAGAUUACCGUUAACCCUGGAAAGUCAAUUGAGGACAACGGAAACCGGUUUAUGGCGCAUUCCACCCAAGUCGAUUCCUAUAAACAGAUUAAACGAUCAUUAGUGGAAAUCAUGCGUAUCGAAACCGUACCCAGCGCGAGCCAUAACGUUUAUGCUUAUCGCUUCACAAGCAGUGAUGGGAUAAUCCAUGAAGGAUCAAAUGAUGACGGGGAACAUGGUGCGGGAAGGUUACUUUUAAAAAUGCUUGCCGAAAACGAAGUUAACAACGUACUGGUGGUUGUCUCUCGAUGGCAUGGAAACAAUAUUGAACCUCGUCGAUUUUCCCAUAUCAAAGAAGCAGGUCUUAGUGCGGUAAAAAAUUUACCAACUUCAGUUUGAAAACAUGAAAAAUAAACACAGUAUCAUCUUUGACUCUAGAGCUGUUCUGGUCUUGAUCUGAAAUUAUUUUUUAAAUGUGAUCUAAAGUUAAAAUGUGUAAUACAUUUUUAUUGAAUUUUCAAGUAUCCCGGAUUUCUUUCGUCCAGCCAAUAAUAUUCCGGCAGUUUUUGAAACAUACUAUUUCCUGUUCUUGCUUACCUUAUGGCAUUUCCCGAAAUAAGUUGUGUAUUCUUUUUAUCAGCUCAACUGUAGGCGAUAUGUAAGUUUAAUUUUUCUACUCAACAUGUCACAUUAUUUAUAGGGAUCUGUAUACAUUGUCCUUUUGGUUACUUAUAGAUACAUAAUCUAAUUAAUUAAAAAGACGGACAAGUUGUGAUUACAUUACACAUGUAGUGGUUUCCCUCAUAAGAAAAUAAAAUAUAUAUUAAUAAAUUUUAAUUCACAACCUGUUAGGUAGAUUCAUAUAUUUUCUACAAAUAGAAUAGACCAUGUAUAUUGUAUUUCCUACACCUGUAAACCCAUUCUCAUUCUUUUAAGAGAUGUUUAAUGUUAACUCUUAAGAAAUAUCAAUUAUAAUCUGUUUUUGGUAUAAACUUUCUACUCUCAAAAUCAACAAGGCAUGUAUUCUCAGGCAACCCACACAUUUUUGUAUA